AACAACUAAUACCUAGACUGUUAUGCAUGCUGGGAGUGUUUACAUGCUGUUUAUGUCAAGUUUAUUGAUUACUAAAUUAUUCGCUUCAUGUUUGCUGUCGUUUCAAUGCAUUUUUACAUUGAUUGCCAGACUAAUUCUAAAGGCUUCACAGAACUGAACUGGUCCGAUCAUGUUCUCUGAUUGUGGUACUGUAAUAAUCAAAAAUGAACCAAUUGAUACGGACGAUUCAUUUGUCUUCAUUAACAGUGUAGUAUCGAAUAGGCCGAAAACUAUCAUUUGCUCAGAAAGCGAAUAUUUGGCGGGAGGAAAUGUGCUAUUCGAAUCGAUAAUUGUUAAAGAGGAAGAGGAUCAAAAGUUGUACGACUCAUCGACUGCUUUAGACGUUAACCGCUAUUCGUCGAAGUCAUUUGUAAAGCUUUGGGAGUGCUAUAUUUGCAGACAUGUACCGGCCAAUACUGUUGAUUUACGUAGACACAUCCGUAUGCAUCAUCCGAGACAACAGGAAACUACUCACUCCGUGCCGGUCACCAAAGAACGCUCCACAUUUCCAAGUAAAUACCACCAUAAAUUGAUACACAAGAGAGAAAAAUCAUUUGCUUGCGACCAAUGUGAUCGGAAAUUUUCACGCAGGUCUUUGCUUACACAACACAAGCGUAUUCACAAUGGAAUCAAACCGUAUGCGUGUGGUGAAUGUGAUAGAAGGUUUGCGGAUGCAUCGUCCUUUCGUAGACACAAACAAACACAUUCAAAAGAGCGUCCAUUCGCUUGCGACUUAUGCGAUCAAAGAUGCGCGCGGAAGUCGACAUUGAUUCGUCAUUUAGGAACGCAUAUCGGCAUGAAAUCCUUCGCUUGCAGUAUUUGCGGCAAGAAAUUUUCCCGCAAUUCAACUUUAAACCAUCACAAAGUGCUUCACAGCGGACAAUACCCGUUCGAAUGCGACAUAUGUAGUCGAAAAUAUGUAACCAAAUCAUCAUUAAGUUAUCAUUUACAAACGCAUAACAGGGGAGAAAAACCUUUUAAAUGUGACGAAUGUACUCGAAGUUUUGGGUCGAAAGGAACGUUAAAUCAGCACAAGAAAGCCCAUAGACUGAAGAUGACAAAAUCGGGUGAUCAACGUCUACAGCUGAGGCAACAAAAACAAAACCGAUCCAAUGAAUCGACGAAAAAGGGCGAUUCAAAUGUUACAACGUCGAGGACGAACAAAAAGAAGAAAAUGAGCCAGUACACUAUGUUGAUGAAUAAAUGUAAAUCUUUGCGCAAGAUUUAACAAUAAUUA